AUGUCGCGUCUCGCACUCACACUCGUUUUCUCCCUCCACGCCCUCCUCGUUGCGGCCCAGCUUCCUGGCCAAACGGUCCGUUUCAGCUCCGUGCUGACUGGCGGCAUCGACGGCACCACCGGGGACUGCCUCACCGCAACCAAGAACGCGGAUGGCGCGGCGGUCGUCGUGCAGCCCUGCGGCAACAACGCGACGCAGCUUAACUCGUGGCUUGUGCCCAACGGCGCUGGUGCAGAGGGCCAGAUCCGCAUCUUCGGGGACAAAUGUCUCGAUGUGAAAGACGGGAUCAAUGCAGACGGCGCCAAGCUCCAAAUCUGGACGUGUUCUGCUGGGAAUACAAAUCAGCUCUGGGUGCCGGGCGGGUACGAAAUUCCUAUCGCGUGGUCUGGCAAGAACAAGUGCAUCGACUUGACGGACGGCAAGACUACCGCGGGCAACCAAUUCCAGGUCUGGACUUGCGACUACGGCAACGCCAACCAGCGAUACAACGUCCUCGACGUUACAGAACCAAAGACCCGUACGAUCCACGCCAAAAAGGACACUACAAAAUGUGUCACCGCCUCCACACACGCUGUGAACGCUUCGGUGAUAAUGCUGCCAUGCAUCCCGAAUGUGCCCGAGCAGGCCUUCUUCGCGCCGUUCCCCGGCCAGCUCGCCGUCGAUGGCCCCUUCCUCAUGAGCAACUCCACAGUGCGCGACCCCCGCUUCCUGUGCGUCACGCCCCAGGACGACAAAGCGACGACCGACGGCACCAAGCUUGUCCUUGUCGCGUGCGACGAGGCGGGCAAGAAGGCCGACCAGCUCUGGGGCUGGGCACCGUCGUCGGGCACGAUAAACAACGGCGCGUACGGGAAGAUGGUCAUGGACCUGACGGACGGCGCACUCAACACGGGCACCCAGCUGCAGAUCUGGUUUGGGAACAUCUUCUCCGGCGCGGGGGAGAACAUCAAUCAGCAAUGGGUGCAGACGUUCGUGUUCUGA